CAUGAAGCAGCGCGCGCAGUUAUAUAUUCCUGCCCCCGGCUGAGGCGCCGGUUCCGCGCUGGAAGUCUCUGCGGGAGUCGCUGUUGCUGAGGCUGUCGCCCGAGGUUUUCGCGCUCCUCCCUUUCCUCCUCCUCUUUCUCCUCCUCCUUAUCCGAACCCCAGUCAGGCCGAUCUGCUCUGCUCUCGGUGACCUUGCAACUUCAUGGAUGACAACAAACCUUUUCAACCAAAAAACAUUUCAAAAAUGGCAGAACUCUUUAUGGAAUGUGAAGAAGAAGAGCUAGAGCCAUGGCAGAAGAAAGUAGAAGAAACUCAGGAUGAGGAUGACGAUGAACUGAUCUUUGUUGGAGAGAUAUCAAGUUCAAAACCAGCCAUAUCAAAUAUUUUGAACAGAGGCCACUCCAGCUCAUCUUCAAAAGGAAUAAAGAGUGAGCCACACAGUCCAGGUAUUCCUGAAAUAUUCAGGACUGCAAGUCAACGCUACAGAGACCCACCAUCAAAUCCAGUGGCUGCCUUGCCUCGAUUUCAUCCUGUAUCUAAACCUUCACAAAGCUCUGUUACUGUUGAGAAUGUGUCUAAACCUGAUUUUACAAAGAAUUCACAAGUUGGAUCAGAUAAUUCUUCAGUUUUACUGUUUGACUCGACCCAGGAAUCACUACCACCAUCCCAAGACAUACCAGCAAUUUUUAGAGAAGGUAUGAAAAAUACUUCAUAUGUAUUAAAACGUCCUUCUACUUCUAAAGUAAACAGUGUUACUCCAAAAAAACCAAAGACCAGUGAAAAUGUUCCUCAAAUAAAUCCCUCCACUUCAUUGCCUUUAAUUGGUUCUCCUCCAGUGACAUCCUCCCAAGUUAUGCUAUCAAAAGGUACAAAUACCUCAUCUCCAUAUGAUGCUGGAGCACAUUACCUAAGAGCUUGUCCUAAGUGCAAUGUUCAGUUCAAUCUUUUGGAUCCUUUGAAAUACCACAUGAAGCAUUGUUGUCCAGACAUGAUAACUAAAUUUUUGGGAGUAAUUGUUAAAUCAGAACAUCCAUGUGCUGAAGACAAAAAUAAGACUGAUUCAGAGACGGGAAAGUUGAUCAUGUUAGUCAAUGAGUUUUAUUAUGGAAGGCAUGAAGGAGUCACUGAGAAAGAGCCAAAGACUUACACAACCUUUAAAUGCUUCAGUUGCUCGAAAGUUCUUAAAAAUAAUAUUAGGUUUAUGAACCACAUGAAACAUCACUUGGAACUUGAGAAGCAGAACAACGAAAGCUGGGAAAACCACACCACCUGCCAGCACUGUUACCGGCAGUAUCCCACACCCUUCCAACUGCAGUGCCACAUUGAGAGUACACACACUCCCCAUGAGUUUUCUACUAUUUGCAAAAUCUGUGAAUUAUCAUUUGAAACAGAGCAUAUUCUUUUACAACAUAUGAAGGACACCCAUAAACCUGGUGAAAUGCCAUAUGUUUGCCAGGUUUGCCAGUUUAGAUCAUCAACAUUUUCUGAUGUAGAAGCUCAUUUUAGAGCAGCCCAUGAAAACACUAAGAACUUGCUAUGUCCAUUUUGCCUCAAAGUUAGUAAAAUGGCAACCCCCUACAUGAAUCAUUACAUGAAGCAUCAGAAAAAAGGGGUUCAUCGUUGCCCAAAAUGCAGACUACAAUUUUUGACCAGCAAGGAGAAAGCUGAACAUAAGGCACAGCAUCGUACAUUUAUAAAGCCUAAAGAACUAGAAGGAUUGCCUCCUGGAACAAAAGUUACUAUUCGAGCUUCACUUGGACCUCUCCAAUCAAAAUUACCAACUGCACCUUCCGGUUGUACUCCAGGCACUUCUUUUCUUCAGGUCACACCUCCGACAUCUCAAAAUACAACUGCUAAAAAUCCUAGAAAAUCUAAUGCCGGUAGAUCUAAGACAAGAAAGCCUCAUGCACCUACAUCCACUGCAAGUAAAGCUCAUACAAGUAAGCCAAGAGGACGUAUAGCUAAGUCCAAAGCAAAACCCUCUUACAAGCAAAAGCGACCGCGCAACAGAAAAAAUAAAAUGAGCCUUGCUUUGAAGAACUUAAGGUGUCGUCGGGGAAUUCACAAGUGCAUUGAAUGUCAUUCCAAAAUAAAAGAUUUUGCAAGCCACUUUUCUAUAUACAUCCACUGCAGUUUUUGCAAGUACAAUACUAACUGUAACAAAGCCUUUGUAAAUCAUAUGAUGAGCUCUCAUAGCAACCAUCCAGGUAAACGGUUUUGUAUUUUCAAGAAGCAUUCAGGAACUCUCAGGGGCAUUACUCUAGUGUGCCUUAAAUGUGAUUUCCUAGCUGAUUCUUCUGGCUUAGAUCGCAUGGCUAAACACUUAAGUCAACGUAAAACUCAUACUUGCCAAGUUAUAAUAGAGAAUGUUUCCGAAAGUACCUCAACUUCUGAACCCAUUUCUGGCUGCUCAUUGAAAUAGAUUCCUGCUCCAUGGAGUUCGUGCAACCUGGUGCAAGACAAGUUGGAAGUUCCUAAGUUCAAAGUUCUGAAGUGUUUUCUCACACAAAAGGCAGUUAAACAGCCAAGUUCAUGACACUAGCUCUCAUUCAGCUCUUUUCAGCUUUCAGAUGCCACUAGAUUCUCACUCCACCUUAUCUUUGUGUCAGGUUAACAUACCUUAACACAUUUUUUUCUCCAAUUGGCUCUCUCCAAAAAUACCUUUUGUUUUUCUCUGCUAUACUUGACUUGCCUUCAUAAUACUACAUUCCAGAUAAUAUGACUGUUCAUCUUUUUCUGUCUGUUUUGUCUGCUUUCUUAAUUUCUUAUAAGUCCUACAUGUUUAGGUCAGAUAGCCAUUUUUUCUUCAUUCCUUGUUCAUUACUGUUCUGUUUUUCAUAUUUUUCAAAUGAAGAAGCAACGCAUAAGUUUCAAAAAAUAUCCAGGGUACUCCUGGACAGUGUCCCCUUUUGAUGGACACGACUGAUGCCUGUUCUUUCUUUCCAAGAAAUGUGAAUUAUUUGACUGUGAGACCUCCUCUAGUUUGUGGCCUUAAGAGAUCAGAUCUUGGGGAGAGUCCCUUCCUACCUGACUGACCUCCCAUAAGGUUGAUGCUGAUUUGGCCAGAGAUGACCUCAAGGCCCACCAAAUAGAGCACAACUUCCCACUGGGGGCUUUGGCUUUUGAUCUUAAGCUUAUGGGUCGAUUCUAACCAAGAAAAGUCCAUGAGAUCACUGCUUCAACAUCCAGGUUGACGUUUAACCAUUUUGACUGCUGCUCUUUAAUCUUACUCUAGCAGGCAUGCAGUCCAAGGAAUAUAAAAAUUCUUGUUGUGUGGGAACCAAGGUUACUUUCCUGUUCUUGGAAAAAGAAAAUUUCUACAAUUACAGUUCCCAAAGUCACAGUUCAUGUUAUUUAAAGUUUUAUCCAGUAUUCUAGGAAUUUUCAGCAAUACUAAUAUUCACAUUUUUAAACAUUUUUUACAUUUUGUUUUAUUUUGGUAGCUUGGUUUUAUAUUGUUUUUAGAUCAGUGCUUCAACAUCCAGGUUGACGUUGAACCAUUUUGGCUGCUGCUCUUUAAUCUUCCUCUAGCAGACAUGCAGUCCAAGGAAUAUCAAAAUUCUGGUUGUAUUGGGAACCAAGGUUACUUUCUUGUUUUUGGAAAAACAAAAUUUCUACAGUUACGGUUCACAAAGUCAGUUAUUCAUGUUUUCAUUUAAAGUUUUAUCCAGUGUUAUAGGAAUUUUCAGCAAUACUGAUAUUCUUUUUUUUUUUUUUUUUUUUUUUUUUGUAGACGGAGUCUUGCUCUGUGUCCCAGGCUGGAGUGUGCAGUGGCGUGAUUUUGGCUCACUGCAAGCUCUGCCUCCUGGGUUCACGCCAUUCUGCCUCAGCCUCCCAAGUACCUGGGAUGACAGGCACCCGCCACCACGCCCAGCUAAUUUUUAAUUUUUUGUAUUUUUAGUAGAGACGGGGUUUCACCGUGUUCACCAGGAUGGUCCCGAUCUCCUGACCUUGUGAUCUGCCCGCCUCGGCCUCCCAAAGUGCUGGGAUUAUAGGCAUGAGACACCGCACCCGGCCAAUAUUCACAUUUUUAAACAUUUUUUUUUAUUUUACUUUGGUAGCUUGGUUUUAUAUUGUUCUUAAUCAAAUUUAUUUUACUCUAUUUUGUUUUUCUGUCACUUCUUUGUCCCAGAUUCAUGAAAUUUGCUGAUGUCCAUUUUAUGUCUACUUUUGAAUUAUUUGUGUUUGUUUUGUUUUUAUUUCAAACUCCCAAGACAUUUCUUAGAAUUGUCUACAGAUUUCGUGUAGCUACUUACUGGUAGCUUCUUAAUUUCAUACUUGUCCAGACCAUUAGACAUUAUUACAUGCUCUAUCUUGGGCCUAUCAUUAACAUUAGCUUAGGGAUUCUGAUUUCAAAGACAUAAAGAAUUGGCAAAGCUCUUCUUACAGACCUUAAAACAAGUUUUAAAGGUACAUUUCUGUUCAUCUAAUACAUAAUAUCUUCUUAGCCAUUAAUGUAAUUCCUCUGGAUAAAGAUAAUAUAUUCAAAAAAUAUUGGGACCAAAAAAUGCACUUGUUUCUUGCUCAUAUAUAUAUAGAUGUAUAUUUUUUUUAAUUUGUUGUUUGUUUAUUUUGGUUACAUUGAAUAUAGAUUUGCUGAACAGUUUUGAUGUUAUUUUUUUAAUAAAAUUUGUAUUGUUAAAGUGCCUUGGAAAUUUCUAAUAAAUAACUUCGUAUAAAAGCUGUCAUA